GAGUGGAAUCAUCCUAUGUGGUAUAUCCGAAGGGUUUUACGCUCAAACUCCUUAUGGUGAACAGGGCUAUUGUCUAUUCUAAUAAUGAACGGGCACCGAUUGAUUGGCUUUAGAAAAGGUCCCCUGAACCACCGAUUGGAAAGAUUGCAAGACCCUCCCCUCCUUCAGUCUAUUAUUCCCGGCAGUCGCUAUAGAAGAUCGAAUGAGUCUUUGUGAAGCUGCUAGCAUAAUCUGGUAAGCAGCGGGCUUUCUAUCCUCUUCGGUUCCGGUCACGCUAGUCUAAAACAUCUUCCGACUUUUGGCUGCUCUCUGGACUCCUGGGGCUACUUCCUUUGAGUUAGAUCGAAAAGAGUCUCUUAUCAGCAAGUUCCUUUCAAGGGGGAAUCAUUAUUCGUAAGUUCCCGCGGGUAAAAAGCCCUUGCCUGCCUAUUCAAUCAAGGGCGAUCAAAAAACCUCUUAACAACCUUAUUUGAUCGAAUAAGUAAUUCAUUUGCUAAGGAUCUCUAUCAUUGCUUCCCUAACAGCAGCUCUUCCAUCCGUCCCUGAGCUUCUACUGGAUGUCCUACCGGGCAUUCAGUAUUCAGGUUCAGAAUGCGUCGAAAGAAGACCUUCGCCUGGAUAGCCUCUUCUCGGUACUCAACUGCUGGGUUUUUUGGUUCCUGCCUGAUCUUCAAAAGAGAGAUGGUAAAAUCUUUUAUAUCAAAGUGAUGUUCCAAGUUCUAAUCUCAAGCUCAUGAUGAAGAGUUGAAGGGUUUUACGAAAAAUCUUUACCUGUGCAUUCAAUACGAAUACGCAUCGAAUCUUUCGGAUCCUUUCCGUCUUUCAGAAGCAUUUCCAGGAAGGCUUAUUCAGUCAGGCGGGACAGAUCGAGUCAUCCCUCCAUUUUUUUUUUCUUCGUUCGGUAUUGCUUGUGGGUCAACUACUAAAUUUCAUGCCCAUCCAACUCCGGAAGUGAGAGGAUCAAAAUGAAAAAGACUAGAAUCUAUGGUAAUGAUAGGCAGGAAUACUUGCUUCAAUCUCACGUCUUUCUAUAUGCUAACCCACCCUUUUCCCUGCAUACUGAUGACUCGCUAAGGCUAACUGCACGUCUUUCAGCAGCUCACUAUAGGAUGGAAUAAAUAUACAGUCCUAAUGCUUUGCUUCCGUCUUCAUAUCCUGCCAUAAAAGAAGAAAGGCCGGUCUUUAAGAAAUAGAGCAGACAGGACUGACGGCAAUGUUAUGCUCCUGCUUACCAUCCUGUCUUUUAUUACUAUCGUGUCAUGUCUGUUCAUCCUCGCUCGUUCCAUGUCUUGGGCUUCUUUUACUUAUUUUUAACUCAGUGUGUGCUUUUUGCCCUAGAACAGAGCUGUUUUUUUUAACUCCUGAUGGCGAAUGAGCAGAUGGUCUCCUCUUCAAAAGCCUUACAGUUCGCUGAGGGAAGAAAGAGAAUCCAUUCCUUCCCCCGUCACCGCGGGGAGCGAGUGGGUUCCGUUCCUCUCCCUGAAAAGGAGGUGAUCCAGCCGCACCUUCCAGUACGGCUAUCUUGUUACGACUUCACUCCAGUCACUAGCCCUGCCUUCGGCAUCCCCCUCCUUGCGGUUAAGGUAACGACUUCGGGCAUGGCCAGCUCCCAUAGUGUGACGGGCGGUGUGUACAAGGCCCGGGAACGAAUUCACCGCCGUAUGGCUGACCGGCGAUUACUAGCGAUUCCGGCUUUAUGCAGGCGAGUUGCAGCCUGCAAUCCGAACUGAGGACGGGUGGGAAUGAGCAGAAGCAAGAAGAUCUCAUUGUGGAACUCCAAUUUGCCUUUUUGCGUUUUCCCGGUCUUUUUGGAUGCAACCCGAAUUCCGCUCGUUCCUUCGUUCCUCUCCCUAUCGGUCGAGCUACUUCGUUCCUCUCCUUAUCACUAGAGGGUUAAGCAGCAACCCAUUGGUUAACUCUUUCACUCCUAGCUUAUUCCAGAGGCAUUCUUCUUUCUGCCGAAAAGACCUAGGGAGACCUUUAAGAAAUAACAAAAAGCUCUCCAGUACCAGUAGACCCUGGUUUUUGUUAAAAAACCAGCAACAGCUACAGCAGCACUUCCUUUUCGUAGCUCUGCUCUUGGAACAUUAGCUUAAUGAGUUUCUGAUACUCUUUUUCAUAUGAAUUCGGUAACAUGUUUACACAAAAGGGUAUCCGGUUUAGCGGCUUCCUUCCUUGUCUGAUCCUGAUGGCUUUCGUUGAAUGCGAUCAUAGGCAAAUAGGAUGCUUCACGAUAAUUGGUAAAGUGGAAAUGAGGUUCAGGACGGACUGGAUGAGGACUAUCCUACCCGGAAAAGAAAGAAGAAGUAGACAUCUCAAUCUUUCUUCUAUGGAAGGAUAAGAUCACGGAAAAAAUUGACGUAUAUAAGAGAAGGCUUCAUUUAGAUAUUUCCUCCGCCCUGAAUAGAAGCCUUCCGCGCCUAUCUCAGAUAAUCAAUCUCUACAACGGGAAUGAAGGAAGGAGAGUUAACUACCUUUUAUUCGACUCGUGACUUCACCCUGAACCGUUACCCUAUUCGAGAGAGAACUGACCGAAGUUUCCUGUGAGUGAGUACUUCUUUCUUCCCUCUACGGAAGACGCAACGCACUAAGGGGAGCCGGUAGAAUCAGUCCUCUGGUUCGGUCCUCUCGGCCGUAAGUUUUCGUGCCGUCCUCCUAAGGCCCGUGCACGAAGUCCGAAAGAAAGGGGGAACGGAACUGAGCUUCUCACUAUCAGAAUCUACCUCGGCUGGUAUUUUUCUUACCUGAUCUCGUCCUUCCUGUCAGGACUGCAGGCAGCUUUGCCCUUGCGGGGAUUUGGAGUCUCAGAAUAGCUAUUUAAUUCCUCAGGUACCGUAUCUUAUGAUUUUUUUUCCUAGGGCAGAUAUUUGUUCUCAAUGGCCACACCUUCUAAAGGGCUUUAACCUUAGUAGUUUUACCCGACAAAGCAUCGGCAGACCAGGCAAUUGUCCUAAGCCUGUCAUCUAAGCUCUUUCCUGCCGCUACAUCCGAUAUGUGAGCUAAUAACUUUCAUGCGGGUGGCAUAAUAGAAUUAAACCCCGAGGAGGUUAUAGGAAUUUUCUAUUCUACGGAUAAUUUUUUUUCUUGUCUUGAUCUCUCCUUUCUCGCAGAUUUGCUAUUUCUAACCUCUUCAAAAGUUUCUUUUAAACCUGCGGCAGCGGAACUCUCUUCCAAAUAAAUGUAACCAGCCGCUACCCCCGGAAACCUAUGUCAUCACAGCAGCUACACCAGCCAUUACAGCUGUAACUGCUGCAACCGGUAGCUUUACCCUUUCGGAUGACGGAUGGAUGGACUCUUAAACAUUUGCCAAAACCUACAAAGUCGAGUUCUUUUCGAAACCUGUUGCAGAAAUUAAACCAGUCGUUAAACCCGUGGGAAUGGCGCUAGGCGCUAAGGUUGGAGAAUAUCUUCUUCCGGCCGCUACACCUUCCCUUGCUUCCACAUGCAUGCCACCUGCUUCUGAUAAAAGAGUAGGAUUUGGUACCAGCCUUGGGGAUACUUUCAUCUUCUAUUUAGCUUUUUCAUUCCUUUGCAACCGGUAGCUUUGCCUGAGCGGAACUUCCAUAGUUGAGACGUAGAUGUAACGGUCUCGUCAUUGCUAAAGUAAGUCGUAUUGUGAGCUUGAGCUCAUGAAAAGGGGUUACAAUAUGAUAUUAUCCUUCGUAUACGGUCCCUACGCGUACUCAUGGAAUAAUCCGAUUGGGUACGAGCUCGGUAUGAACAGUGGAACCUGAUCGAAGAAAGAAUGCUACGGGCUAUAUGUCACCUACCAAUACUAACAAGCCCUCGCUGCAUUGCAUGGCCCAAGACCUAACCUUUUCCCUAACUUUCACUGGCUUACGCUUAACUCGGUUGAAGGCUCGGUGAGACCUCGUCUUGAAAGCGCAAGUUCAGCGCCCCGUUAAGUAGGAGUUGGGUGAACUUGAAGCUUCAAGCGCUGGGUGAGUAGGCUUAAGGUGCGAAGUAGCUUUCUUCCUCUCUUCAAAAGCCCCUACUUUCGGGAAGUUCAAACCGACUUCCGCUUACUUCGAGAAAAGUGGGGGGACCUUUGCCCAGCUAAAGGAAAAUAAUCAAAACUAUUUUGUCUGGAUGCGUUUGGAACAUUCAGUUGAAUCGCUGCUCACAGAAGCAUAUUUUGUCUGCCAUCCCUCAGGGCAAAUCCGUGUUUAUCACAGGCUCUGCUGGGACUGGUAAAACCCUAUUGCUUUGCUUGAGGAAAUGAGAAAAUGACUGAAAAAAUGACCAAUAUGUGGUUUUGUCAUAAAAUAAGAUAAAAUUUGCUUGGACUCGUUAGGUUUGGCCCAUUACCUUGAGUGAGGCCGAACGUGUACACCUUUUUGUUAUGAGGAUGUGAUCUUAUCCACCGAUGGGUCUUGUUCUAAGCCCAAUCCUCUCGUAUUAGGGUAGGAUAUCCAGAAACCUUAAAUCACGGGAACUUCCCAUUUUUUGUGGACAACCUAUGUUGGGCUGACUAAGCCCACUAUCCAAAUAGGGUCCCAUCUUGUGUCGGGUUAAGGGCGCUUAGUGGAACCCAAUUUAUUCACUUGUAGUCGUCUAGGGCUUUGCUUGGCAUUGGGCUUCGAUAUAGCUUGCUUUCCUGGUUUUGGAUUAAACCUCUGCUCUCCUAAUUCAGUUUAUAGGCGCUUUGGUUUAGGUUCAAUCUUAUAUAUAAGUUUAGCUUAGGUCCAUCAAUCUCUCAUAAACCCCUAAGCGGAAUCUAUUAAACUGAAUCCAUAUGGGGCCGCCCAAAAUUCCUUGGUAACGCUCUAAGAGGGUAGUGAGGCUUAGAUUCAAGAGAGUUCAACCUGCAUUGAGCUUUAGUUACUUCGUCUGGCCUCUUUUCAAUAGUAAGAAGCCAAGUUCAAAGAAUCAAAAAUAGGAUGGAGAACUUGGUCUUUGAAUAACUCUAAAUAAGAAGCAUCACAUCAAAAAGAUAAUUCCUGCGGGAUAUCAAUCUCGUUCACAUUCAUCCAUUUUAAUGUAUUUCAUAACCUGCCAUUGAUUGUAUCGCUUUCAAGGUAAACGGACCAACCUCUCGAAAUCCAAACUAAGGAAAGCAUGGGCCUCUCUCUCUCAAUCGGUUGAAUUGGUAACGGCAUUGGCUAUUGGCCAUCCGUCCACAAAUCAUCUGAAAAAGUGGGUCGAUUCCCCCGCAUCAUAAUAGGCAUAGGAGUCUGCUUUAACCAACAGGGGAGUGUUUUUCCCACUUUCCAGAUAAGAUAGAGCGGAGACAGACAGGCUUUUCAAUGUCAAUAUCCACAUAUGAUAUGUAAGGAAGGAAGAAUCAAAAGCAGUUCAAUUGUAGUACCAUGUGCGGAUCAGUCACUAGUGAAGAACCCUUUCGCUGUCAGAUCACAGGAAUGAGCACCUAGAAAGAGAGGCGCUGAACCAACUGGCAAUAGUGAAGAAAAAAGCUUUCCACAUUCGUAUCAUUGGGCCCUACUCUUUGGAGAAAGAAUGCCCGUGGGUUCCGUCUAUAGUUCUUUAUACCGAGGCUACGGGAGAGGAAUGAAGUUGCUCGACUGAAAGGAGAGGGACGGUCCCGUCAGUGUGUAAAAGCAAGAAGAAAUUGGGAGCUUCUGAGUUGUAAGCUAAGCUUGAGAGCUGUGCGCUUUAGAGAGAUAUCUUGUAUCAGCUUGAAAGUUUUCAAAUAGUUUUCACCACUUCACUUCUUCAGUUGCUUCUUAUCUCUUGUGUUUUUCGUCUAUUCCUCUCAUCUGGACCGAGGUCUUUUGUAACAAAUAGUUUAUGCAACUAUUUCUUGGUUUCUUCAAUGCCAAUCACAUCACUACCGGAUAACAGUAUAUCAUCAACAUAUACAAUAAGUAUCACAAUACCAGAUGACCUAUGUCUCACAAAGACAGAAUGAUCAGCCUGACUUCUUUAUUUCACACAAACAGAUUCCUCAUAGAGGAACCUACCUUCUUAGGGGGGGACCAAGCCGACUUUCUUGUUUGGAGCAGACGACUGGCGCUUCCCUAGGGUUCCAAUGCCCUAUCUGUCUUCAAGAAAAGAAAAGAGGAGGUGCUUUAUUCCCCUGAUAGCUCCUUUGGUUGUGCAAGAAAUAAGACAGUGUUAGGAGGAUUACACGCAGAUAGUACUAAGACAGCAUUUCUUCAUACAUGGAUUUAAAAUAAUAUGGAAUGGAAGGAAAGGCCUUUCUCAUAGCGAGUAACCUUUACUUUGGUUGCUUCUGUGAGAAAGGGAUGGGGAGAGGUGAGGAGGGCCCAUCGCUUGAGCAACAUCCCGCUUUCCUUUUCUUUCUGAGUGCCACCUGGAAAGCGGGGUGCCGCCAUACAUAUUGAAAGAUUUUUAGGGACCGACACCGGACGGGCAGACCUCUAAUCGUUGGAUCCGGUAAACAGGUCCAGGUACGCUUGGGGCUGGAUUGAAUCCUAAACAUAUUCAAGAGAUAUAUGCGUCAACCAACUAAGACAGAUUGAAGUCAGUUACAGGUUGAAAGUGGGACAUCCUUUACGCUCAAGAAAAGGAGAACGAUCCUUUGGUCCAGCCAACAGAAGCCUUCAACUAACUAAAGCAAGAGAGAGCUAGCCUAUUGAAAGCACAAUGAAAUUCCUGCUCCGUCACAUGAAUAUAAUAGACAAAGGAGAGAGCGAUAGACAGAGAAGUAUAGAAUGCUCUUGUUUCAUAAUCCAAAACUAUCAUAUCUCCAGCCCAUAGAUAAGGACAGGGAGUUAGCUUAGGACUGCAGGAAAGAGGAUAGCAAGUGACAAAUUAUGUCUCGGCAGGACAUGUAUUUCUAUUACUAUAAGGGUUUCAGCUGGCCGGCAUAAGAACAAGUGGUUCUUGAUAAGCAAGGUAACGCAACAACUAUAUGUGAGCGGUUUCAGUUUGCAGUUGAAUAAGUUUUCUUGAGUUCCUGUUUGCAUCUCAUUGAUCUUUGCUGUAUAGCUUGAAUUGAUGAUAAUGGAUAAUAUGCUUUGGAUGGUACAUGUUAGUCCGAAGUUGAAAAUACGCCGUGAACAUAUAUGAUGAGCUUUUGACCUGAAUCGUUGGCCUGAACUUGUUAGUUCCUUCUCUGAAAAAAACCACUUAUCCGUUUCUGUCUGAUGCAGGAUAUUCAAAACAGGUCUACAGUUGCUACCAAGCAAACAUUACAACCAAUAGGGAGGCUCACAGAUGCAUUCUUAAGAGAAAGAGAGAAAGAUAGUAGCUACCAGCAGACUGAAGCUAAUAGCUACUGAUGAUGUUCGUCGUCAGUCCCUUCACAUUUCAGAUGAAGAACACCUACUGCAGCUGCGGCAUCUCUUGUCCAGCCAAGUUCUCUAGCAAUCACUGUGUUUCAGUUUCAUUUCUUGAACUAGAUAUCCUUGUAAAUUGGCUGGGAGAUUGGAAGCUCUCCACUUCUUGGUUUCUUAUUGGGAAUAUAGAUGUCAAUCGCUUCUGUGUAGAUCCAUGUAGAAAUUAGUUAGCUGACUGCGCUCACCUUCCAUUUGUCUUAUAAAUGUUGCUGAUCCCUGUCAAAAUGAAUUUUGUUCUGCAACUAUCAAGAGCGGUAGUAUUCACUCUGGUUACUCUGCCGACCCUUUGUCUCCAGGCUACUACUUGUUGACCAUUUCUUAGUUUUGGGGUUUUCGUUGGAGACAACACUUAUCAUUCAGAAGAAAAUAACAGGUUUGGCCCAUGGAAUGUUACAAUUUAUGAAAUAUGUACAAUCCUUAGAGAAUGUAUUAGGAGUGAAUUUCAAAGAUUCCACUUUUGGAUGAAUUUUAUGUAAAAUCAAAUGAAAAGUAACUAAUGAAAUUUAUUGAGACUC